AUGAAGCUCCCGAUCAACGCCUGCCGGACGUGCCGCGACCACGGGGCCGCCUCCGACUACGCGCUCUGCCCCGGCCUCGACGUCUUCUACGGCGACCUCCACCUGCCGUGCCCCUACGAGCAGUUCGGGUGCAGGAGCUACAUCCCCUACUACAGGGCCGCCAGCCACCAGAGCGCGUGCGAGCACGCGCCGUGCCUGUGCCCGGAGCCCGGCUGCGCCUUCGCCGCCCCGCCGCCGGCGCUCCUCCCUCACCUCGCCGCCGCCCACUGCUGGCCCGUGCACAAGAUCCCCCGCUACGGCGCCAUCCACUCGCUCCGCGUCCCGGCGUCAGUGCCGGACCGCCUCCUGGUCGUAGGGGAGGAGCAGCAGGAGGAGGAGGACGACGACGAGGAGGAAGGUAAGGACGACGCGGAGGCGGAGCGCCCCGCCGUGUUCGUCCUGUCCUUGCGCGAGCGCGGCGCGGCCACCGCCGUCUCGGUGGCGUGUGUGAGGGCGAACGCCAGGGCGGGGCCGCAGUACAAGUGCGUGCUCUGGGCGAAGGCGCCCGCGCGGGCCCUCGCCUGUGCAUGGAGACGGACGUGCCAAGCUGCGCGGCUCCCGGCCAGGCCGUGA